GUCGGCUUCUCUUUUUCACACGUGAGCAGACGGAAAAAUGGCAGCGCGCAUGGGGAAGCGUGCUAAAAGGGCUCGGGGAGUGGACGGGGAAUCGGCAAGGAAUGAGCUGGAGUCGAAGCUCGCGUCGGUUCUAGAGAGUCGGGCUAAUGCUAAUUCUGUGUUCGAUAUCUUGGAAUAUUUAGAGUCCGAAAAUGAUGGAAAUGUUCAAGCAGCAAUCCGAACGUGUUCAAAACUUUUUGAAUCUAUGCUGGAGAAAGGAGAGCUUCAUAUUGGGGGCCUGCCCUCUGAAGAUGAAAGCCUUCCAGAUUCUAUGGGUGCAGAGGAGAAAUACAAGAUAUGGAUGAGGCACCGCUACAAUAGCUGUGUCUCCUGUUUGGUGGACCUGCUACAUCACAAUUCUUUUCAAAUUCAGGAACUUUCAUUGUGCGUUCUUAUGAAAUUUAUUGUGCUAGAAGGGAAAUUCCCUAUGGAAGCUGCCAAAUGGAAAGAUGGUUACCGUUUCUCACGUCCACUGUUAAAAUUGGUUGUAACUAGCCUACUACCAGAAGACAAGGAUUCCUCCACUUUAAUAACAAGAUUUCAGGAGUAUCUGGAAUAUGAUGAUGUCAGAUAUUACACCAUGUCUUUGAUUAAUGAAAACAUUGCAAGAGUGCAUCAGAAUACCAAAUCUCUCCCUGCUGCAUUCCAGAACAAUGUCUUUAACCUUCUCUCAUCCAUUAAUAUGCCUGUAGAGAAUGAAUUGUCACAUUUCCUGGUAACACAGAAAGAGAAAUGUGAUGACUGGAAGCCAGCAAAAUUAAAGGAACAUAAGAGGGUGUUUGAGAAAGUAUGGAUGAAUUUUCUCAGGGAGAAACUUGCUUUAAGUCUGUAUAAGAAAGUGCUUUUAAUCUUGCAUGAGUCUAUAUUGCCUCACAUGAGCAAGCCCACCUUGAUGAUUGAUUUCCUUACAGCGGCCUACGAUAUUGGUGGAGCUAUAAGCCUUCUGGCCCUUAAUGGACUAUUUGUUCUGAUUCAUCAGCAUAACCUGGAUUACCCAGAUUUCUACAAAAAGCUUUAUUCUCUCUUGGACCCCUCUGUGUUUCACGUGAAAUAUCGAGCUAGGUUUUUCCAUUUAGCCAACUUGUUCCUUUCUUCCACCCAUCUACCUGUGUACCUUGUUGCUGCUUUUGCCAAGCGUCUGUCACGACUGUCUCUGACGGCCCCUCCACAAGUUGUGUUGAUGAUCAUCCCGUUCAUCUGUAACCUGAUCCGGAGGCAUCCAGCUUGCCGACCUCUCGUCCAUCAGCCUAUGGCAUUAGGGGAUUUGACGUCCGAUCCAUACAUCAUGGAAGAGGAAGAUCCAGCAAAGAGUCAAGCUUUAGAGAGCUCUCUGUGGGAGCUAGAGGCUCUACAGAAUCACUAUUACCCAGAUGUUGUUAGAGCUGCCAAUGUCAUUAGUCGUUCCUUGUCCACACAAGAAAGUGAUAUUUCUGAGCUUCUGGAGUUAUCUUCCUAUGAGUUAUUUGAAAAACAGAUGAAGAAGCGCUUUGGGUCUGUGCCACUGGAAUUUGAACCUGUUCGAGGACUUUUAGGCAGGAAACAAGAUGUGACAGCUGAACACUUUUCUAUAUAGAGUGGAGUUCUGGGCAAAAAUAAGUACACAAAUGGUAAUAUGUUUGUAUUCAACUUUUUUCCUCUAUUUAAGCAGUCAUCUCCCAAUGGAAAUGGAAGUAAAUACUUUAUGGCACCAUAUGAGAAAAUCAAACUAGGUGGUCAAAGUGACACUUCCCAUGUAUCCUCCAAAAACUCCCAUCUUGUGUGCCAUCACAGCGGGGUCUAGAAAUCAUGUUGCAUACGUGUAUUCAUGGAUUUCUGGGUGGUUAUGUAGUUAUAAGCCUCAUGCAAGGUCACUUGCCCAAACGGACAAUAUGGAAAGACUUGGGACAGUAUUGAUUUUUGUGUCCAUAUUUUCAUUUUUUGUUUUUCUUUGUCUAUGCCUCUUUAGAACACUGUACCAUGUAUGCAAUAAAACUUUCAUUUCUACAAA